GUUUCCUAAAAAUUGUGUUUACUUUUUUCAGUAGAGGGGUGCUGCAAAAAAGUUGCUCACUACCACAUCUGUAAAUAAAGCACAGUCUGUGCUGCUCUGGUCAAUUUGAAUUCAUGAAAUUGGAAUGUAUUUGAAUUUUUAACUGAUGUUGCGAUGAGAAAAGACAAUGCUGUGAAGGAGUCCCAAAAGGUGCAUGAUGAUGAUCAUUCAACACCAAAUGGAAAACACGUGAAUCCAAGUGAUCCUACUUUGAAUUUGACGCGCAAAAAGAAGGUAGUGUUUAAUAAUGAACUUGAAACCUCUUCUGGAGGAAGCCGACCUUCGUAUGGAACUCCUAAACGCGGUAUUUUGAAAACUUCUACUGCACUUUCUCGUUUAAAACAAACAGAUGAAUCUAAUGAUCAGAAAAAUGGAUUCACAAAUGAAGCAAAUGACACUUUUGAUGACAUUCAGUCUUGGUUUCGAUCUGGUAUUGAGGAUCUUGAACAUGUAGAACGCCCUAUACGUAUUGAAAUCUAUUCCAAGCUAUCAUCAUUUUUGAAGACAUAUACACCAAAUUUACCAGAAGAUCCUAUAUUCCUUCUCUUAAAUCAACUUUGUUCGUUUUUGUUAGCUGAUAGAAGUGCCUGCUUAGACACUGGAAAACCAGAUUUCCACUUGAAUUGUCAAGCAAAUAAGUUACUUAGCGUCCUUCUUUGGCAUCCAACAAUUUCUUCACACAUCCAAUCUGAUACUGCUAGUGUUUUUAUUGAGCAAUCGCUCCAAAUUUUAGAAUCUUCUCAACUAACGAAAGCAUUAGCCGCCCAACAUUUGCAUCUUUUAUCUUGUCAAAAAUGCCCUUCAGGCAUUCCCCCUUUAUGCGACCGUAUUAUAACUGUUUGUCUUACUCUUCCUUUUCCGUCCUUGGUAGUUGGUCAAGAGCGCCUAGCUGUACUAAACAAGGUAUUGAGUCAAUGCCCAAAAGCAUUUGCUCAAAGAGUCACCGACUGGGCUCCUUAUCUUUUAGCUUGCCUCAUGGAUGCUUCUAAACCCAUACGUGAAAAAGCGUUAUUGCUGGCAUUAGAUUUGAGUAAAUAUUUGUAUCAUGAUAAACUUAUAGCUCGUUCAAUACUUUCAAGCUUUCAUACUGAAAUUGGAGGUACUACCUUUAUUUACUUAAUUUCUAAUCAUUUUGAGCGAUUAGUAAUUGAAGAAGAUGAUGGAGUAUAUGUAGCUCAUGCCUGGGCUGCUGUAAUUUCAAUUUUGGGUGGUGCACGCAUAUCCUCAUGGGAGUACUUCAACGCCUGGUUGAAGAUUAUUCAACUUUGUUUCAACAGUGCGAACCCCUUAACUAAAUGCGCGGCUCAAACAUCUUGGAUACGACUCAUUCACGAAUUUUCUCUCUCAGAAACUCUUGUGCAGGCGAAUAAGCGUCUGACGCUUUUGUCUCAGCCUAUUGCAAUAGUUUUGAGUACCCGCAAUCUUCCUACAGUGAAAAGUGCUGCAAUGAGCACAUUAACCGCUCUCAUUUAUGCUUGUUUAAGGCCUGGAAUAUCAAGUCCGAUGCUCUCGCUCCUUUGGGAUGCAGUGGUCAUUAAAAUUAUUGAAAGGUCUGCGCUGAAAAGCGAGCAAACAAUGCCUGAAGCCGCUGAUAUACUUAUUGCAUUAUUUGACGCUUCAUCGAACAACUUUUGGAGGAAUGAUCGCCUUGUACAGCGUGAACUGAUUGAUACCAAGGAAUUACCUAAACUCAACCCAAAUUGGGUGCGUUCAAAUUGUCAAAAAACCGUUGAGCCAAUUAAUUCAUUAAUGUUGUUGGCUAGGCCAAACUACAGUAUAAAACAGAACCAAGGCCGUAAACAAGGCAAGGGAAUAAGCUAUGAACAUAGUUUCGUCCUUUGGACUACAUUCGUUAAAUGCUUGUCUAGCGCAGGUCAGAAGGAAAUAAAGAGAUCAGCUGAUACAGCUAAGGCUAUUUACUGUAUUUGUACGUCCUUACGCAAUUUCUUGUACGCAAAACGAUUACGAAAAGACGAGGUAUACAUUGAAAGACUUACUCGUUAUGCUUCCUUGGUUCGUUCUGCUGUCGAAGCUUAUGAUAUACAACUUUUCGUUGAAAAUUCCUACAUCGUUUUAAAGAAUGAACUGCUACUAAUGGAUCCCUCUUUGCAUGGUAACCAGGAAUCCAUAUGUCCGUUAGUAUAUUUAUUGCGUUCGAUGGCAAAGCUGACGGAUGGAACAAUGUUUUCAAUUUUACAUGCUGCCUAUAGUAGUAUUUUGUCGCUAUUAGACGAAAGUAACUUAAGUCUUGCCGUAAAACUUCGUUUGUAUUGGGAUUGUGUAUCUCCUCUUUCAGGGAAUGAUAGCUUGAUACUCGCGAGGGUUUUAGUUUCCCAUGAGGUUUCUCGGUCUGCCUGCGAGGCCUUUUUAAUAGAAGUGAAAAACAAGCAAAAGAGAAGUACCCCCUUUGAAGAAUUUUUGCGAAACGAACAUUUAAAUGUUUUGAAACUCUUGAAUUGGAACGUCAAGUAUUGCAGUAUAAGUGAUGCUGACAGUGUUGGAAAUCUACUAAUUCACUAUGGUAUUGCGGUUUCCAAUCUCUAUGGACAAGAUAAAGUUUUAAUAUCGGUGAUCGAGCCGUUUAUUCGCAUAUUAAAUGAAGGUCUAAGUUUUGAAUCUAGCAAGAUUUUCUCGUUUGCGAUGGCUAUAAUGAAAGUUCCGUUCUUGUCAUUUUUAGCUGAGAAUGAUCAGGCAUUGUUUGAUUCUGUUGAUUUUGAAAAGCACCGAAACAGUUAUUUUAAACUAAUCAAUAUGUAUAAUACGUUGCUCGUAAAAGCUUAUGAUUCUGACCAAAUGGAUUUGAAGUGCUUGUUCAUUGAAGCAAUAUCAAACUACAUGAAAAAUAUCCCGAAAAACUUAUGUUUACACACUGUUUUUGGGCUAGUUGAUGGCCUUUCUCGUUGGUUUUAUAUGGAAAACAUCGAUAACUCUUUAAGAAGCAGUUCGAUUUAUAACAUGUGUAUCGAAUUUUGCCAACUCGUACUUAAACUUAUCAUUGAAGCUGAGAAAAAUCCAAGUGAAUUGAUAGAUAAACUUUCUCCUUUAAUUACUAUCGGACUUAAAAGCAAAGCUGCCGAUGUUGUAGUGUCGUUUAUUUAUUUUUGGAACCAAACUUUGGGGUCCUUCGAAUCUGAAGAAUAUCCCAUUGAAUUACAGAAGACAAUAAUAGAAUUGUCGCAUGACCAUUAUAUCCGUUUGCCUUUCUCACCAUCUUUUUCCGAAUUUGAAAAAUUGACUACAGAACAAAACUUAGAACCUGAUAACGGAACCAAGGAAGGGAAUAAUGAUAAUAACUCGAGCGUAGCUUCUACGUCAAAUAGGAAAGAGAGCGGUUCCAAGAAAAAGAACAAGAAGAACAGCUCUAAUAAGAGAAAAGAGAACAAGUCAUCAGAAACGAAUGUAGGGGAAACCAGCAAACCGUCUGACAUAGAACAAAAUUUAAUGGAGAGUUCAUCCAUGCCUCAAGAUAGUGCUUAUGAUUCCAACAUGGCAUCGAAUGCCGCAGCUGUACAAUUGGUGAAUCCUUCUACCAAGAAUUAUACCGGUGAAAUUGGCAAAAGUUUUCAUGAAGAUCAUAGGAAAGUGAAUACCACUGAAGAUGUACAAGGCGAUAACGUGGAUAUAAGAUUUGACGAUAGCGAGCAUAUCGACGUUGCUGGCAAUGUUGAUUCAAAUGUUUCUACCGUAAACGAGCCUCCCGCGAUCAUAGAUGAGUUCAUUGACUCAUCCAAUGUAAAUACACCUGAUAUAAACAUUGAAGAAUUUUCCCUUGAGAGAAAUCCUCCAACGGAUAUUACUAAUGAUUUUAAUUCCAGUCAUGAAAGUAACCUUCUACGAAGAAGUAAUUCAAGGAUUGAAGACGUCGCUUUGCCCAAUCAAGUAGCAUCCGUUGAGCCGCAGACAGCCAAAGCAAAAAAAAGAGUUUUUGUUAAUGAAGAACCCGAAUCUGAGGCAUCCGCCUCAAAAGAGAAUAGUAAGAAACGGUUUACUAGUCUCCUGGCGGAAGGUGCUGACGGGGAGGUUGACCCCACUGUUGGCGUAACGAAUUUGAUUUCUUCUCUAGGCGAAUCAUCGACACCGUCAAAUGCUGUUCAUGUUUUGUCUGAAGCGACUACUCAAAUAGAGGAAUCUAUUCAUGGGAUGAGAUCGGAAGAUGUUAUUUGCUUGGGAGACAUUUUGGGUCGAUUACAAAAAGCUAUACUGUCAAGAAUUAACUAGGGAAAGUUUGAGUUCACAAAUCAACAAAGGUUUAUUUUUAUUUUUUUUUGAUCAUAAAACAAAUUUAUUAAUGGGUUUCAUAGUGGCAUUUAAUACAUAAUAUUUAUAACAACAAUGGACUAGUUUUAGAGAGUUAAAGGCACAGGUACAUGGGAGGACUUGAUCGUUCUAACAUCGUCAAACCAAACAUGUUGUAAAACAUCUUCAACAGUUAUACGGGCUUGAACAUCUCGGUCAAGCAUUCGAUAGAUAAGAUCAACACAUUCCUUCGACAUCUCGAAGGGAAUCCUCAACUCACCGUCUAAUAUUUCCUCAAUAUUGUAAAACGGGUUCUCGCGGUAAACGAUUGUGUAAAGUAAAAUACCCAAAGCCCAAACAUCCUGUUCUUUAC